CCCGGAUAUGACAUUUACCAUGUUGGUAAAAAUAGAAAAUAGAUUGUCUCUUUAAAUCUAAAUUAAACAACAUUUUUAAGGAAUGACAGCCGCAGAGUGCCUUUAGAGCAAUAAAUUAGCUGUCCCAAAGUGUGACGUCUUUCUCAAUGAGAGUUCUUGAAGCCAAAGUUACAGUAUCAUACAGUAUGGGAAAGAAAAACAAGCACAAAUUGCACAAGCAUAAAGAGAACGAGGUGUCAGACUCCUCGGAAGAUAUCACAGGAAAAGGAUGUGCUCAUGUGAACAAGGCUGUGAAUUUCAGUGCAAUGAAAAAAUGUUUAGCAAAACAGACAUUUGGAGAAUGUCAAAGUUGUUUGAAGGAUGUGACAAAAAAGGUUGAGAGCCGUGUUGGAACAGAGGGGGCGGAGGGUGGUGUGGGUGUGGACCCUGUGGAAUCUCUUGACCCCAGUCUAUGGGUCUGCCUCCAGUGUGGACACCAGGGUUGUGGCAGGAUGAGCGUAGAGAAGCAUGCACUGAAGCACUACGAGACACCACGAUCCUCCCAGCAUAACAUUGUCAUCAACACCACCAACUGGCUUGUCUGGUGCUAUGACUGUGAUGGGGAGGUAUCGGUGGGAAAAAGUAAGAAGGUUCAGGAGUGUUUGGAUUACCUCAGGAAACAGGCGGGAACGCUUCUCACUGAUGGAACACAGGCAUCAGGUAAGAACAGUUUGGUGGCGGGGACGAGCGGAGUGAAUGCAGACGGGAACAAGUCACGGGUAACGGCCGGCAGGGCUUCAGGAGGUUGCACCAAGGUCAAGGGUCUGAGCAAUUUAGGAAACACCUGCUUUUUCAAUGCUGUCAUGCAGAAUCUUGUACAGACACAUGCUCUGGAAGGUCUGCUGCAGGAUCGCAGAAAGGGGCAGGCUCUCAAGCUGCUGAACCAUGGGGACAGCCUCCAGGACUCUGCCAGCUCCGGCGAUGAUGACAGCGACAACGAUAAACCCAGUAAACAGCUUAAAGAGCUGGUGCGUACACCUUCUUUAAAGGGUUCUAUUGAGAUCACCCUGGUAGAGCCAGGUCCGCUGACCCACUCCCUUGUGAUGUUCUUCCAUGAUGUCAACUCCACCACCAAGUCUGGAUGUAUCAAUCCCAGCGCCCUCUUUGGACAGGUCUGCAAGAAAGCUCCGCGGUUUAAGGGUAUGCAGCAGCAGGACAGCCAUGAGUUGUUGAGAUAUCUGCUGGACAACAUGCGUACUGAGGAGAUCAAGAGAGGCCAGAGUGGAAUACUGAAGCACUACAAGCUGUCAGAAAACACCAACCCCAAAAAAGUGGACGAGGAAACAAAGUUUAAAAUUAAAGUGUAUGGUCAUGACAUCAAGCACACGUUUGUGGAGUGUUUGUUUGGAGGACAGCUGAUCAGCACAGUCGUCUGUGAGGAGUGUAAAUACAUAUCACAGAUCCUUGAGCCAUUCCUAGAUCUAUCUUUGCCAGUCACAGAAGAAAAGCCCCAGCGCCCAAACCAGGUUCAUGGGCGUGUAAGGCGGGAAUCAGAGAAGGAAGAGCAAGGUGGCCAGUCCCUGGAGAAAGCCCCAGCCAGUAAGGAUGAACCCUCCAAACAUAUGAACAAGAAACAGAAGAAGAAACAGAAGAGGGAAUCCAGGCGUCAGGGCAAGGGUAAGGGGGUGGCUGGCCAAGAGUCAGUUGAUGAACAGAAGGAGGAGGAAGGAGAGGAGGCUGGGCAGGACGGAGAGCAGGACAAGGGGGACAAUCAUGCUGAUGAUGACUCAGAUGCUGAUGUGGAGGACAAUCUGGAAAGUGACACAUCAAAGUGCUACAUGAACCAGAGCCUGAGUGAGUCUGUAACAUCUUCAGACGCCCCACCUCCCAGCCAGCCUGGCAGCAAACACCCAAGUCCCCAGUCCAGUGACAGUUUCCAGGCGCCCAGCACAGAGGCAACCAGCAGUUGUGCCCAACAGCAGGAUACACAGAAUGAUGGGGACCUCCAUUUAACUGACAGUGCAUGUAAUGGCUUACCCGAGACUAACAAAUCUCAAAUCACUGACAGUACUAGUUCACUAGGCAAUCAGAAUGAACAGGCCUCUCUAUGCACUAAUUCUACAGUUCAAAAUAGUAUGCAAAAUGGUGUUGCACAUGGCAGUGUAGGUAAUUCUCAAUUGUUUGCUGUUAAAACAGAAGUAAACAAUAUAAAUACAGAGACAAAUGGCUAUAUGGAAAGUGAGAGUUCCAACUGUGAUACUAGUUCUGCAGAUAUAAUUGUCAAUUAUUCUUUGGUUAAUGGACAUUUGUCGGAAUCACAAAGCCAUUUGAAUGGUAAGAAAGAGACAAUGGAUACUAGUUAUACGUUUAACUGCAAUUCCUGUGUCCACAACAGUGAGUCACUCUGCAGGCCAGAUGUGAAGCCUACCGAAAUAUGUAACACCGAAAUAUGCAAUGGUCUAGUCAGCUCCGAUGCUGCUGUGAAGGCAGAGGUUGAGUCACUCCAGGAUGGCUCGUCACCUUAUGUCAAUGGCACUGUGCAGAACGGAAUUCAGCUUUCCGACAAUGAAAACGAAACAUCCAAAGACUUGAAUCUUCAAAAUGACAGUGUUGAAACAUCUGUAGGAACCAGUGUUGAUAGUGGAUUAAACGAAAGCAGCACGCUAGAAUGCCAAACAGAGACAAGUGCCAUGUCAGAUCUUAGCACUUUGACUUCUGAUAUUAGUGCUCUUAGUUUAGCAGAUGGAUCUGAUGCUUUAGCAAGCGAAGGGAGUAAAACUGUAGAUAGAAAUGAUACUAUAGCAAAUGAAUUUAAUAAACUUAGCAUUGCAACUGAAAAGGCAAACAAAAAUGAUACAGAUGCAAAGAAACCAAGUAUAGAAGUCUUUGACUCAAAGGAAGAAAACUCAGGCUCAAAAACCAUAAAUGGUACCAGUCAACAUGCUCAUUCCAAAGACAAGAUGGACUCUUGCAAUAUGCAAUCAAAACCCAAUGUAAACAAGCAGUUUGAUUUAAAGCAACUGUUCCAAGAGGGCAAGAAGAAAUCAGUUAAUACACUCGCUGACAGGUACCAGCCUUCGUCCGGGGAAUGUUCCAUCCAGUCGUGUCUCAAUCAGUUUACAGCAGCAGAACUUCUUACCGGCCAUAACAAGUUUGGCUGCAAAAACUGCACAAAGAUAAAGUUCAAGAACAACCCUAACAAAGAGAAGAAGGAGACUGUUUACUCCAACGCCAACAAGCAGUACCUCAUCUUCCAGACCCCCGCCGUCCUCACACUGCACCUCAAACGUUUUGAACAGAUCGGCUUCAGUUCACGGAAGGUGAACAGACAUGUAGACUUCCCAUUUGUACUGGAUAUUGCACCCUACUGUAGUAACUUGACUCAGGGUAUCAAAUCAGGCCAGAAAAAGAUCCUAUACUCGCUGUAUGGCGUGGUGGAGCAUAGUGGGAGACUUAACAUGGGCCACUAUACAGCAUACGUUAAAGUGCGCGCAAACAUCGGCUCCCUGCACAACUUCCUCAACAAGCACAACGUCUCUGUGAAUGAGUACCUCAACAGGUAUGCAGAGCUUGUGAUGCGAGGGGACAGACAGGAAGUGGACACAGGGGCUGGAGCCAAUGAGGAGGCGCUGGUUCCCCCUGGCCGUUGGUUCCAUAUCAGCGACCAGCGCGUGAAUGAGGUCACUGAGGCGAGCGUUGAGCGUGCUCAGGCGUACCUGCUUUUCUACGAACGUAUAUAUUGAUGACUGGUGGGCAAGUUUUAUGCAUAUCUACUGGUGAAAAUGCCUGCUAAGUUGUACCUGUUGUUUUAUGAACGUAUAUUCUGACAACUGGUUGGAAAGUUUUAUGCAUAUCUACUGGUAACUGGUAAACAUGCAUGCUCAGGUGUACCUGAUGGUCUACAAACGUAUCUACUAAUCAGUGUUGUAUUUGUAUAUAACAUUAAUUGCUGGGCCUAGUGUGGUGUCAGGGACAAGGAAUCAUCACUCACACCUUUUAUGUGAACAUCUUUUGUAUUACCUUUAGAAUGUUGAUGCUGUAAGUGUGACAGGUCAAAACAUUUUCAUGUGUCGGACAAGGGCAUGACUGUGUUUUUAUCAGUCAGUGCAACAUUGUUAAAUUGUUACUUGCAAUGUUCAUGUGUACCUUUUAUAAACUACUUGUUACUGAUUUAGUCUAGAAGACAUUAGAUAAGAUAGAAUAUUCAAAAUAUUUUGUUAUUAAAUUCUGUUAUUUAUUAAUAUUUUAAACUGGUUGUCUAGCUGCUGACAUAAUGUAAGUGUUGUUAUUUCUGCGAAAUUGUUGUGACUUGUAUGUGAAUAUGUUUAAUGGAAAAUAUUUUGCUUUUAUAUUGAUGAGUAGUAUUUUCAAAAUGUUAUGUAAUAAUUAUAUGUACUGUAAAUGUUGUCUACUCAAUAGUAGCCAUAUUGUUAUCUGGUUGUGUAGGGAUUGUUUAGUGGUAUUAAAAAUAGAUGCGGAAAUCUAAAUGGCUGAAUAUAAUUGUAUAAGGAUUUGUUGUAUUUAUAGUCGGACCUAUUGUUGCAACGAACUUCAGAUUGUUGCUAUUUUGUUUUUAGUCCAGCCAUCCAUGAAAUUCAAAAUGAGGCUUCAAGUUACAUCAUACUUUACUGCUGAAGUUACUCAUCUUUGCCAAGCUGUAAAAGUCAGAAACUGUGAUUCAAGCAGGCUUUGUAUGCAUUCUUUAAAAUACUGGAAUAAAACUUACUUAUCACCAUUGUUAUGCUAUGGUGGCACGCCAUUGUUAUGCCAUGGUGGCACGCCAUUGUUAUGCCAUGGUGGCACGCCAUUGUUAUGCCAUGGUGGCACGCCAUUGUUAUGCCAUGGUGGCACGCCAUUGUUAUGCCAUGGUGGCACGCCAUUGUUAUGCCAUGGUGGCACGCCAUUGUUAUGCCAUGGUGGCACGCCAUUGUUAUGCCAUGGGGCACGCCAUUGUUAUGCCAUGGUGGACGCCAUUGUUAUGCCAUGGUGGCACGCCAUUGUUAUGCCAUGGGGGCACGCCAUUGUUAUGCCAUGGUGGCACGCCAUUGUUAUGCCAUGGGGGCAAUCUAUUUUUUGUCCUAUUUUAUGCAAAUGAUAGCACAUUUUUACAUCGUCUGCUUCAUUGACAGUUACAUCACUGAAAAUCGAGGGAUGCAGGAGGAAUUUUAGACCAGCAACUGCCAACAACUGCACAAAUUUCAAUGAUGUCACUGAUCUAUGACUUACAGUAUACAGAAAUGUAACUUGAUGACAGUGAUAGUAGCUAUAAUGUCUUGGGUCAAGCUUGAUCAUGGGAUAAACCACCUAGGUAACUCAGAGUUAUGACCCUAUUUAAAAAUAGGUUAUGUCUUGUGCAGAUAACCCCUGACAACCUUAUUAUUAAAUCAUGAUGAAACUAGCUGCCAGUGUUUAUUGCCAUAAUGUUUACUUCAAGUUCCAUUGUGGGGUUAAUCUCCUCAGUUACUCUGGAGUUAUGUCCCUUUUACAUUAAAAAAAAUAGAUUUUUCAAAGUAUGUCUCUGUGCAAACAAAAAUUGUUAUCCAAUCAGGUUGAAACUUGGUGAAAGUUUUUGUGGGCAUAAUGACUUGGUCAAGUUUGGUUUUUGUGUUAAUCAACUCCAUAACUACUGAGUUAUGAACAUAGCUGGUUAAUUAUUGUUAAAGCCUCAUGAUAAUCAGUCACAGUUCUUUUACUACAAAGUUUCGCUUAUUUUAUAUUAACAAUUGGUUUGACUAUGAUUGGCUCUCCGGACAGUGAACACAUCCAAUCCAAGGAAUUGUAAUAGUUUCUGCUGAAGUCAUAUUCACUAGAAGACCUUUUCUGCUUGGCAAAGUUCAAAUGAUGUGGUUAAAAUUGUAGUUGCUGUAUAAAUGGUGCUUUUUACUGGCUCUUGAUUAGACUGUGCUAGAUAUAGACAUUUGGCAAUGUUUAAAACAAUUACUCCACACAUGUACAUGUUUAAGAAUUAUACACUUUUUCGCCAUUACGCACACAAAGAUACAACGAUACGUGUAGAAGUGAAAAAUGGGACAGAAUAUAAUUGUUCUCUUGUACAUUAUAACAUAAUGAACAUUAUUAUUAAAGAAUACUAACAUUACUGAUUUCAAGUUGUAUUAUAUUCUAGUAGAAUAAAGAAACUGUGAAUGCUGAAAUCCACCAGUUCCUAAAUAACCUCAAAAUAGCAAUUACUCAAGAUGAUUUAAUACUGAGAAUUGUGUCAAGCUUUGAGGAAGUACCUCUUUGUAUCUUUGAUGUUAUUUCAGACAAUCAGUUAUUUUUCGGCUAGUAUAACAUCAGCCAUGAUGCAAAUCUGUUGCUUUCCUUGAAUUCAUUUGGUAAAUGAGGUUAGGGCUCAGGCCAUACCAACUGAUUCUAUGUCAACAAUAACAAAACACAAAAUUGCGCAAAAAAUCUGAUUUAGAAGCUGAUUAUGAUUAACAUCAUCAUGGAGAAAAUUAAAUUCCUGAUCAGAUAAAGACCACAAAUGUCACUGGCCUUAUAUUUAAUUUUAAAUAGUAAAAUCCGCUUAGUGUUUGUUGUCUAAGAAACUUAAAAAAAAAGAUGAUCAGGUUUUCCAAGGCACCUUGUUUUUUCCUGCUGGGAGAGAAGGUUUUUAAACUGGAACUCGACGCUUCACUUAGAAUAGGUUUUUUCAGCUCUUUAAAAGGGCCCAUUGCCAAAACAAACUCUUUAUUUUUUCCCCAUUUUCAAAAGAAAAUCUGAUAUUUUUCUUUGUUUUUCCAUCUUGAACAGGUGGAACGUACAUGUUGAGUGUUAUUUUAGCAAUACCUACACAAUCUCAAUUGUUAUUUACUAAAUUUCACCAAAUUGAAGAGAUUUUAUAUGAAAAUAACAAAUAUGAGAAUUGUUAAAAAACCUCAAUAUUUCCUAAUUUUGCAGAGGGUCCUUUUCCCAAAACAGCUUAUAAAAAAAACGUGUCGAAAACAGCUGGUAAAACCCCUUCCCAAAACAGCUAGUUAAACCCAUUGUCCCAAAACAACUGGUAAAACCUAGUCCCAAAACAGCUGGUAAACCCCAUUGUUAAAAAAGCUGAUAAAAGCUCCUGUCCCAAACCAGCUGUGAAAACUGUGCCCCUACACAGCUGGUAAAAAACCCCUUCCAAAACAGUUGGUCAUAGAAUCCUUUUGGUAUGGCCUUAUGCUCACAGACUGAUGCAUGUAUAAAAGAUUAUUAUCUUUGUAAAUCUCUAUAUUUAAAUGCAAUGAAUUGUUAUUUAACAUUUUAAAUCAUGUUUGCAGUAAAAUUGCAAACAAAAUUAUCAUGAAACAGUAUUACACUGCUUUCGUAAGGUUUUUCUUUACCAUACUUUUCUAGGCUUGGACAGAUGUUUAAACAGAAAUUAUAGUGACGAAGCAAUGUGUUAUGCUGUUUAUUUUUGGUAAUGGUAAACUGUAUGAUAAAAAUUGUGAAUUUUCAAGGUUUAAUAUUGAUGAACAAAAUCGUGAAGGCUGCAUGUUUAUGCAAUUUCAGAGUUUGAUAAACUUUGCAUUAAAUAUGAUUGUGUUGUAUUGUUAGACAAACAGAAUCAAUUUCUGUAUCGAUAUCUGCAUUACAAAGUUACACAUGUACAUGUUCACCUUACAAUUCUUCAAAUUGCAUGAACCCAAAUUAUUGAAGUAUCAUUCUGCAUUAUAUGCUUAUAUUUUUGUUUUCUUAUUGAAAUUGAAAAAAUACAAUACGAGAGCAGA